CACGUCUUCACCUGCUCACUGACGAGUUUGCCUCCUUGACCCUCCUCAUCGACGAUCUGAAUCUCCUCCCUCCCAUAUCUUCACUUGCUCACUUCAUCAGUGAUGGAACCCCAAAAUAACCUCUUUGUGACCUAAAUACCGUUGCAAGCCUGGGACUCACGAUGCCGUCAAGCAAUGUCCGUCGACCACCAUUGUCGAGUGAUUUCCUGUCCGCCUCUCUCUAUUUCAUCGGUGUACUCCGCCUCUCUCUAUUUCACCUCAAACAUCGAUGUUUCAGGUUUUGGGGAUGGCCUGAGAUAUGGCGAAUUUGGAGUAAAUGUAAUAAAUUUUUAGGUCGAAUUCUGCAAAUUAGAAUUCGACGAUGGUGGAUGAAGCAAAUACAGCUGAAUCAGAAAUAUGGUGGAUGAUAAUAUGUUUUAUAGGUUGGCAAAUUUGGGUUUUGUGUUUGGGAAUUAGAAAUCGAGAAAGGGUUGUAUAUGAAUCGGGAAUUGGAACCACGGUGGAGCUACAUAUGGUAUCUGAUUUAUGUUUUGUUGGUUUUUCUAGCAAGAACUCAUGUUUGAUAUCUAAAUAGGAGCCUGUAGGUGCUUGCUGGAAUGAUUAUAAGAUGUAGAAGCAAAAACUUUCGAUCUCGAUCUCAAAAUAAUUUAGAUUUUCAUGUUGAUGCGAAUGAAUGAAAAACAUAAAUUUUUUAUUUCAACUUUUUCGAAGAUGG